AUGGUGCGCGUGCCCGGAUCUUCUGAGGCCUCUGGAUUUCUCCGUGAGUCCACUGGCAAAGAUGUCAAGAUUAAGCAAGAACCUGGGAUUGAAGUGUCAGCGACAAAGGGAUCGACGCAGACACCCAGAAGCACAAGAUCCUCAGAUCAUCAGAGUUUUGGGAGGGGCUCUGAUGAAAUGAAAAUGAAAGAGGAAGAUCGAGAGAUCGAUCUGGAAGAUAAACCUCAAUUCCCUCCUAGGGUCCCUUCGGGGGCCACCGCAGAUCGCUCUUUGCAGAGCGAUCUGCUGGAUGAAAACCCAAUCGGCGAAAGCCAAACCCUAUAUCUUAGUCGAUAG